CAAAAAAUAAUUUAAUUAUUAUUUGACAGAAGAAGAUUUGCUACACGUGCAAAUUAGUGUUAUAUCUCUAAGUUAAAACAAUACUUGUGGAGUUAAGCAUUAGUGGAAGAAUUCUUGAAAUGUAACAGAGUUCUUAGUUACAUAUUUGAUGAAAAGGGUGCGAUAUCCUGGUAACAUUCGAAAAACAAACUGCGAUGAUGAUGAACUUGUGAACCGGCGUCGUUGGCGUUUUCGUGCGGCUACUAUUUUUUGUGUUCGUUCUUUGUUCAUUUACCGUGUCGCAAAUGAAAUAAUCAAGCGCCUAUAGUGUGAGUUUUAAUAGUAUUUUGUUUUCCGUAGUGUAGUUUUUACGUAUAAAGAACAAUGAAAAACGAAAUGAGCGUCGUGAAACGUGAAGAGAAUGGCGGCGGCGACGCCAAUUCUAAUGUGUCACCGACCAAGCUGAUGGUGAAUUAUAUCCCGGAGCUGAUGACGCGCGACAUGAUGUACGCGCUGUUCUCGGCAAUGGGCAAGAUCGAGAGCUGCAAGCUCAUCGCAAACCGCGGCUACGGGUUCGUGGAGUACGAGAAACACGAGGACGCCGAGAAGGCGCGAGCCGCCUUCAACGGGCUGCUCAUGCAAGGCAAGACGCUCAAAGUGUCGUUCGCGCUGCUCAAUCCCGAAAACAAGGCCAGUCACAAGCCGGAUACGGAAUCCAACCUAUACAUCAGUAACCUGCCGCCCGACAUGACAUUAGAGAGACUCAACGUACUAUUUGGACAGUUCGGGGUGAUCACAAACAGCCGAGUGUCGCAGGGUAUCGGGUUCGUGUGCUACGAGACGCGCGCUCAGGCCGAGGAGGCCAUCGCCCAGCUGAACGGCAGCACGCCGCUGCCGGGCGCGGGCGCCGUGGUGGUGAAGUUUGCUAACAAGCCCAACGCCAACAAGAACGCGCCGCGGCCGUCCCCGCGCGUGGGCGUGGCGGCGCCGCUCGCCUACAACGGCUCGGCCGUCUUCAACGGCGCCGCGCCCGCCGCCUUCAACGGCACCAACCUCAGCGCCGCCUUCGGCGCGCGCCCCGCCGCCUUCGCUCCCGGCUUCCCGCAGGCCUCGCCGCCGCCGCUGCUGCCGUCGCCCGGCAAGGCCCUGCCCUUCAUCAACAAGGGCCAGCAGCGCUUCAAUCCCAUGGCGGCGGCCAACCACUCCCCGCUGCCACUCUUGGGCGCGCCCGCGAGCCCCGUCCCGCUGCUGGGGGCGCCGCCUGCGCCACAUCAAACCACAGUGUAUGUAUACAACAUCGGGGAAGACACCGAGGAGCUAGCGCUCUGGCAGCUCUUCGGUCCCUAUGGAGCCAUUGACUCGAUAAAGGUGAUCAAGGACCCCGAGACUAAGAAAAACAAAGGGUUCGCGUUCGUAAACAUGCGCGAGUACGACGAGGCCGCGAUGGCCAUCCAGGCACUCAAUGGCUAUACGCUCAAUGGACAGGUUCUAUCCGUUAGCUUUAAGACGCAGAAGAGAAGCAAUUAGAAUGUGAACGGACGUUAAAAACGCCGUCUCGUUGUGAUCGUUCCGAGGCCGAAAGCUUAAAGAAAGAUUCAUUCCAAUCUCAAAAUAUUUUUGUAGUCGAGACGCGAGAUCCUCUAUGUGCAUUUCAGAUUAGUCGCAUAAGUAUUUUUGUAAGAUUUAACAUAGUUUUAUAAUCGCGAGAGCGCGACAUGACUAUCUGUGAGUUGGUUUAGUUAGCUUGACAGUAUCAUAUAUGUGUACUUCUAUUGUAUGGUAUUAUAUUAUGAACUAUGUAUGGGCCUGUCGCACGUCCCGGGGCCGGGCGCGGAGCCCCAGGCCUGCGGCCCGCGCUCGGCCCGCCUUUACCCUCUAGGUAUUUUAUUUUGUGUAAAACAAACCAUUGUAUGUUUUUUACUCUUUAAUAAAUUUCAUGUUUAAAUAGAGUUUAUUGUAUAUUUCUCUAUUUUUUUCUAUAUACGAUUUUAUCCUUUCCCCGUCGUGUCCUUAUUUACUUACAUUAUAUACAAUAUAAUAUUUGUGGCAGUAGUGUUUGUACCUAAAUGUAGUAUAUCUUGUGUGUAUUGUCAAUUUGUCACUUGUCGCGGCAGGUCACUGUAUUGCUUCAAUAUUGCAUGCGUGUAGCAACAGAAAUAAGUUUUAUUUGUUUAUGUUAUGGCGGGUUAUGUCUGUCGUUAUUGUUUGUCCGUCACUAGUAUCUUAAUCUAUAUUAUUUUUGGCGCAACGUUUCUGAAAUGUUACGACAGGCUAUAAAUCAAGCUAUAUUGCUCGCCGCCGUGAGAAAUGUUGAGAUAAUGAUCUAUAUUCAUAUUUUUAUACGUACAUAACUUUAGCGUAACGUAUUGUUGAGCCUUCGGUCAUGGGUAGGCGAAGCGCACAGCGCCGAGCCUUAGGACAGCGGUUAUCUACCCGCGGGCCACUAGAUAAGAUUAAAACAUUGCUGUCCAUUUUCAAAGCCAAAUUAACAAUGUAAGGAGUAAAUAGACUGCCACAACUUAGUGUUAGGUGCCUUGCCUAUCCCGGGUCUGCCUCGAUACUUCUCUUUGCAAUUCCUAACGCAAUUGUGCUAAAAUAGCCGUUUCCAUGCACCAGCGUCGCAGACGCGACGUGCCGCAUGUCUCAAUUAGCAUACAGUCUACUGUGGAAUUUGCAAUUGGAUCCUUUGCAUAACGAAAUUAAAUUUCAAAAAGUUAUUUGAUUGUCUAUGCUUGGCGAAAAACAAUAGAAUGUCGCGGCAGAUCCAUCCUCCCAUAUCAAUUACUUGGGACGAUUAGUUGUAUCAUACCAAGAGUUAGGAGUGAAAGUAGAAAGUAAGUAUAAUGUCAUCAACGGCGAGUUUAUAUUUUCGAAAUAUAAAUGCCAGACUUUCAGAUAUUCUAGUCCACAUAGGUACUUAAAGAUCUUUUCAAUUUUUGGAAACUUUAUCGUAUAGGUAGGUUAUGUUAGUUGUAGGUUUUUAAUGAAACCUGAUAAAGGUGUUGAUAGCUUUAGCGUCAGGUGGGUAGAGAUAACAGCGGUCCGCAGAGGCACUGCAAAGCUCAAUAUUUGUAGUAGAUAGAGUAGGCUGCGGAGAUAUGGCCGGGAUGCCCUUCUCAAGGACGUCUCGCGUCGCAGCCGAUGCGUCGACCCCCCGACCUCGCUCCUGCUAGGGUUACCAGAUAAUCAGACUUCGGGAAAAGAAAAAAAACUCUCAUUGCAAAGUAGAUACUAGAGUAAGUACUAAACGUCGGGCUGAAAUUGACUGCAUUUGAUCUGCAAGUUGCAACAUACAAGUCACCUGACGUGGACCUGUUGCAAACAAUUUCUGAAAUCGUAGAUCCAAAUGCAAUUUAUCGAAAAUACCAGAGAGAAUUAAGUCUAUAAAAAUCGAAAUAUCAGUAAAAAUAAAUACGACAAUGUAUUGCUGGUUUGAGAGCUUAACGAUGUAUGUGGUAACCCUAGCUUGACAGUUUUUGAUUUAUUAACUGCCGGGGCUUGGAAAAUACGCUCCGAGACUGAAUCCUGAUUCAUUGAACUCCAUAAUUCCAUAAAUGGGAUCCUAUUACAUGGAAUCGAUGGAUUUGGCGUCGAAUUUCUUAGCUAGUUAUUAGUAUUAGGUGGCUAUAUGUAGAGCGUUGACGGGCAAUAUGCGUAACUAUUGAUGGCGCAUCAGGUUUUAGAACAGGGUAAAAAAUCUGUGUAUUAGCACUUAAAAAUAAUGGUCAUGGUCGCUUAGUUAGGGCACGAUUGCCACUGUUGUUAAUUUAUGAAUUAGGUUGAAUUUGGAAAUAACCGGAAGGAGAAGUUUAUCUCAUGAGACAGUGGAGCCUUGCUCGCCUAAAUACAGGAGUCUAAACGUGACUCAAACUAAUGAUAGCCUUCAGAAUCAGAUCUAUAAGGCAUUGUUAUAUUACAGUGAAUCAUACUCUUAAGACAUCAUUCACAAAGCAUUCGCAGCCGUUAAAAAUAUUAUAUUCAGAUUAUAUUUUUAAAUCCCAUAUAAUAAAAUAAAUCAGUUAUAUCCACAAAACCACAUCCACAUCGUAUAUAACUCGUGGCAUAUAGUAAUGAUUUUCCUGUUACAUGAUUAUCAAAGCAUCCACCAUUUUAUCGCUCUAAAUGUCACAUAAACUCGAUGAGCAUGUUUUUAAACAACAUAAAAAGCGGCAAGCGCUUCAAUGUAGACAGGAAUUCUAUGGAACCGGUUUUAAAUGUUUUAAUUCCAAAAGAUAUGGUUAAUGGUGGUUAGUGUAACCCCCAGAAAGGGUGGUUGACCUCGCUAAUUAGAGGCUGGAUCGAUUGACGCAGGCUGUGUUUACUGUAGGUAUUGUGUCGACACGGUAUUGUUUGCCACAAGGCUUUCAGAUGUCGCUUUCCGUGUUGACGCCUCUUGACAAUGUUGAGAGGGCGUAAACUUUAUCAUUUGCAAAUGAAAUACGUCUCGUUGCUUCCACAAGUUUACGUUAAAGACAUGACAGUAUUUGAAACCCACAACGUUGAGAUUUUCAAGAGAUUCAAUUCACACUUGCAGUGCGUCAUUAAAUGUUUGAAGAUGUGACAGUGCGUCAAGGUCUCGACGUUUUAGCACGCCCGCUCAAUGAAUGAACAGUCGCACUCACGUUAUCGCCAUACAAUGCGUAUGGCCAAAAUAUCUGCUCUGUCAUAGUUCGGCCGCCCGUUAUCUGCUAGGUAACAAUUAUGUACCGUUGCCUACGCAUCCUAUCGAGACUCGCAGUUUUAAGUACAUACCUAGUCUACCUACUGAUUUUUUAUGGAAAUUAAUUCACGCAUAUGACUCCCGAUUUGUUGGCAGCAUACAUUCUCAUUCGUUUUAUUAUGCGACGCGUAUGAAGCAAUUAUUAGCUAUCAAUGCUAUCAUGCUUCUAUAGUCAUAAACUUUGUUAUCUCAGCUGCUUGGCAUACUUAUGGGUUUUCCGGUAAAAUAUCUCCAAUUAACUUGAGUAGUUUUAAAAACAAUUAUUAUACAAAAUCUUCAGUAGAAUAUCAGUAUGAAAAAGUUCCACUUAACCAAACGGUGCUUUCUGAGUUACUAUAAUAAUACCCAGUUCAAUAAAGGUGCUCCUAUAAAAUAUGACGAGUUUACUCUAUAUCUCCAGGAUACUGUCAUCAGAUACCUAAAAACAAUAGGAUCUACUGUGAAAAACCCUUUAGAUGAUAUUUUUUUAAUCAAUUGAGCAAACUUCUAAGUUUCGGGUAUCAUACAAAAAAAACAACGAACCUCUAUAAUUUCCUCCUUCGAAAUUUUAAAGUCGGUUCAAAACAUGAGAAGCGACGCUAUUAUAAUGGCAAUACGCGAGACGAAUCCCACUACAGAUAGGUGCUGCGUCCACCGCUUUUAUCAAGUUUUAUGGUCCCCGACGGUAUUAUAAUUACCUACCUGUCGGAACCAGGCUUCGGGACUGGUUCUUUUUUUUACUGCGUCCGACGCUUGUUAAUGACGAAUUUUUACCGAAUUCGUGCAAUCUUCGAGCCCAAUUGGCAAUUAAAUUGACGAAGACUGUCUUGGACGAUAAUCAUAAAAAUGUGGCCUAAUGGCCUUCGUUUUCAUACAUCUAUUUACUAUUAGCAUGCUAUUAGAUUCAUCAUGAAAGUCAUUCACCAGUAUUAUCUAUUGGGAUGACAGGUAAGUUAUUUUGAGACGCUUAAAAAUGCCUUACCGAAACCAUCAGUACCUGUCGCAUGAUAAGGAACCACGUCUGCUGUUUUAUUAUCUCUUUAUUUUUGAAUCGAUUGGCAUAAUAGCUGACUGAUAAUUUUUUUGCCACUUUAAUGCUGUGACGCUCAAAUUACCAAAGGGUUAUUAAUAUAAAAGUCAGUAGCUUGACGUCAAUACGGCUUCGUCUGGCUUGCAAAGCCCAGCAAACAACUAAGUUACCGCAAAAACAAUACCACUUCCGUUGAAACGCGAGGGUUGACCAAGGGGAGCAUAUAACUCGUUCUCCAAGUUCUAUAUUUGCUUAAGAAGUUAUUUUAAGCUAAAGGUCAAGGAUUAAUUUGAUUACGAUAACGGUACUAAAACGUUCGUGAAAAGUUACUGUAAUGGAAAAAUCGUGGAGGCUGAUUAAUUGCGAUUUGAUUCAGGCUGACACUUGAAUAGAAUCGAUUAACUUCGGGUUUACUACACAGUAACCCUAUUAACGGGUUUGUACAAUGCUAUAGGUACAUUUAUUCUGAACACUAGGAGAGAUAAGACAGAAAAUGUUGGAGUGACUUAGGUUUAGCAGAAGAUUGUUAUAGAUAGACAAUAACUUUGUCUUCACUUCCAUACACGUGUUAAAAGUCGUAAAUUCGGCAAACAAAAGGUCACGGUUGAGAAAUCUACAAUUAAAGCGACCUUACGCACCGAACCAAGAACAUCUCAGGUUCACGGUCAGAUAAUGGUGCAAAUCUAAAAUUGAAACGUAAUGAAAUAAUUAUUAACAAUUUCAGUCGUUUUUCGUUGUCGAAUUAAAAGACAAAACACUCCUCGUCUCUGACAUUGAAAACAACGAAUUGUCUGAGAAUAGAGAAUCAUAAACACGUUACGUAAGCCUUGUUGCGUACUGUACGGCUACAUACACUGAAUUCGUAAUCGAGUGUGUUUAGCUGUUUCUGAAGAGCAUUCCGACAAUAGACGAAAAUGCCGGUCUAGCUUAGGUACCCGAAUUUACUAGACGUAGGUAAAUUUAAAUGAAUACUUGACGUGUAAAAGGGACGUUCACAUUUCAUAAAAUAUAAUGCUGAAACUUAUGUUCGACACGCUUCAAUUGGGGUUCCCUAAGCGAAUCUUGCGCUACAUCGAAAAAUAUUCUGAUUGUAAAUUCAGAGGUUCAUGGAGACCCGAAUACCUACACUUAAAGGUGGGUCAGAUUAGGAAUUAUGGUCAUAUUUGCCCAUGGCUUCUCAAUCUUCUCUUAAAUAAGAAAAGAUUUGCGCUCAGUAGGUAAUGCGGCACGUGAUUUCAGCUUAUGGCAAGAACUGGGGUAUUUUCGAUAAUCCCAAUUUGAUUUACUUACUAGCAGACAUCACAAGACAUAGGUACAUCUUAAGAGACAUAAUGUCUGUACCUAUGAUUAUAAAUGAAAUGAUACGGAACCCAAAAAACUAGACUUAGUGAAAUGAAUCGUCUGACUGAACAACAAGAUAACGCAAAGCGAUAUGGUUCAUGUGGGUGAAUUUAUAAUGAUAGCCUCGAAGGUUGUGCCAAGCCAUUAUUCGGGACUGUUGUAAACAACUAUCCUGAGCCCUUCGUAACGUUUGACUAACUCUCCCACGUUUUCAUCCAGGAUGUCCCGUGUUUCAAAUAUACGGGUCAGCAAAUAAACUUUCGUCAGGACAAAAGUUUUGCACAUUUUAUGGUAUAACAAUUAAGUUUUAACGUCUAAUAAAAAGUUUGGGACCCAUUCGUGAAAACUGGUGCACUAAAUGCGGCUAAUGGAUUGAAAGAGAGUACCUAUGUACUAUGAAGUAUUUGAACAAAUUAAAUCAUUUUUCAGAAAAUGUUUUAAUUUGUUUUUAUCAAGUAGAAACACUACUAUAUAAACUGAAAUAAAUGUCAUACUAUUACUUACUUGGAAAAAUUUGACUAAUGUCGCUGUGGCCCGGUGGCCGAGUGGUUCAGGCACCUGCCGCGAUAGCAGAGGACGCUGGUUCGAUUCCAGCCUGGGGCACUGGAAGGCCUUGGUCACUUUUUCUUAGUAUAUGACAUUUAUUUCAGUUUAGUACCUAUGUAUGUCAGGAGUAGCUUACGUUCGUCUAGUGUUUGUCUAGAACUGAUGUACUUUUAUAAGAGAAAACAUUAUGACUAUUCACACCAUGGUGCGAAUCAUUAUGAACCACUCGUAACAGCUCUCCUAAAUUUACGAGUAUCUGUAUGCUUUGGCAACAGUAUAAACUUCGUGAUAAAAAAAGUACAUACGUUAAUUACUCUAACCCAUAAACUAUUUCAAUGAAAAUCCCAGUUGUCUGUUUUAGUUAUAACGUCUAAAAAAGUUAUUACAUCCGCACUUUCUUGUUUAGUAAAGAUGAUGCAAACGUAGACAUAGACUCUUUAAUAUGAUACAUGAUAAUUCUGUUUGUACUGACAAAAUUGGUAAAAUUGUUCCCAUAACAACGUACUUAUUGUGUUGUUAUUGUAAGGUAAAGUAAGAGCAGAAACUAUUUGUCAUCCUUCCCCUAUUGAAUCGACUAUCUAUAGUAGUCGAUAGGGGAAGAUAUAUAUAUAAGUAUAUUUCGAAUAUAGAAAAAACAACGCACUCCAAUUAUGUAUUAAUUCAGGGGUCCGCUGGCCACCUGCUGGUGAUCGAAACGAUAAUGGUUGAACGCACCUGACAUGUCCUUCGGUUUGAAGUUCGAAUCUUCCAUAACUGUCUCCCAACGUUCGCAACUCUUCCGUUACAGUAUUCUAAUAAUUAUUCGAGAUAUGUUUGUUUGUUUGAAAUUAACAUUGAUGGUAUAUGUAUAUAUAGGUAUCAAUGAAUCAUUACACUUCAAUAAUCCAACGAAAUUUUCGUCAAACAACAUUCGUAAUUGGUUACAUGCUUCUGUGAAUUCGCGAAAGUUCAAGUUGCGUAGUGUUAGUUAACCUACAUAGUUAUACAUACACCUACUACCGUUGUGACAUACACUAAACUGUUGUCUAGCGUCGUAUUGGAACUUAUUACCCAAAAAUUUAAGUCGGUCUAACGUGAUAAGAUCGAUAAACUUAAAUUCCCGAAAGUAUAAUCAAAUUGAAAACGGUCCCACGGUCUCAAAUAACAUUUUGACCCGGGCAUUUGUGCUGGAAUUCGCGAAAAGACCCAACCGCUUUGCUAUAAGCGGACCAGUAGAUUCGACCACAGAUUACGUGCAGUUAUUACGAAUCUCGGAGUCCAACUUGUAUAAGUCAGGACAAAAACUUUGUACACUGACAUGUGAUGUAGACUGCGUAUCAGCACCGACCUAAUCUCAUUUAACGAGUUCACAUCAGACUAGUAGAUACAUAAAAAGGAUAUUACUGAGGAAAUAUUAUAUUUGACUUCAUACGUGAAGGACUAAAGACGAUGGAAGAUGCACUUUUAGAAAAUAGAAGUUCACGCUCAAAUUGUUACAGCAUAGCUUGUACCAUGUAUUAACGUAAUCAUAAAAUUCAUAACUUGGUUAGGCGCAGGCAUCACGGUUUCGCAUAAGAACGCAAAUGUGGUAUCUAAAACACGUUUAACGUGAAAGAAUUUGAUGAUGGUUUGAGUAACCUCUUGGUUAGUUAGUUCUUGUAGACUAGCUAAACUGUCUAGCUCUAGAUAGAUCAGCUUGCGGUCGGCAACAGGCGCCGCAUGCCGCCCGCGAACCUCACUUGCGGCCCGCGAGCCUCCCUGGCUAUUUUGUAUGUUAAUAUAAUAUUGACAAACGACGACGUCUUAUAGUCUUUGAAUAUUAACAAAGUGCGGCCCGCGUCAACUUCGUUAACCUGGCCCUUUGCUGCUAAUAGGUUGCCGACCGCUGGUACUUUGGAUUGGGACCCCCAACAUCUAUUAUUAGUCUAGAUCUAGAUAGUAGUAGCCUACUACUACUAGUAGGUAUAACAGUCGUGUUGUCCAUUGACUAGUAGAAUUGACCUAAAAAUUUAAAUUUCCAAGAUUUUAAGGACAAAAUCUCAUUUAAUUUGUUGAAUUCUCAAAAACGUAGUAUGUCAGAUCAGAUAGCGCUUUAAAUUGCGAGGAAUAUUGAUCGACUAACGACUAGGAAUCUGUUGUGAGUGCCUCUAUAGAUACCUAUAUCCUUCCCGUUCGACAUAAAUGGGACAAUAGGCUCUUGGCGCCGAGCGACACGUCUAAAGAGUCGCAAUACACAACACAUUUUGUCGAUCGAACUGCCAGUCAUGAUCACAUUAUUUUAUUCUUUUUAUUCCAUGCAAAUAUAGGCCACUAAAACAUUCUUUUUCUCACUCCAUCUGCGAUUCGUUUAUAUACAAAGGAUACUCGGUCUCAAAUAUAACCGGUUUACCGGUUAGCGGAAAUACCAACAAAAUCUGCUAGAUUAAGUUACUAUGCUUGACGGGAUCUACCAUUGCGGAUUCAUUGGCAUAAUAUGCGGGGUGUGGACAUACGAUAGAAACUAGAUGGUCGAGAUAACUGUUUUCUGUAGAAUUGGCCUCAGGACCGCUAGUCAGGCCCUAUUCCCUUAGCAAGUAAGUCGAUUCAUAGAAAUAGUCCUAACUAUACAUUUGAUCAUUGUGAUAAGCCAGGCCUUCCUUGGCAUAGUUAAGAAUUUGGUUAAAAACCUAAAUUAUUAUGGUCUUAUUGGACUGAACUAAACAGGUGUUUUAUAUUAUUUUGUGAGUAUUCGCUUUGAAAUUUGAUUGAUUCGUGUAUCAGUGGAACGCAGUUCGGACUUAGGAUAAGAAAACCAAUUUUAGUGUAAGAUAAAGCAUAUUUUAUGACCGCUUGGAUUUGUGUUGUAAAUGGUUACUACUGACAUUUACUUGCUGUUUUUUCUCAAUAAUGCGAAGAGAAAUACAUUGAUGAUCGUGAUUUGUAUUUUUAUGACACGAUUCUAAGCAGGUGUAUAAGUAUAUAAGUAGCGUAUAAGAGCACAUUUUAUAUUAUAUAAGUAUUUUUACACUGCACUGAUAUAAUAUUUUAAUGAUACCCAAUAUUGAAUAAAUUGUUCUUUUUAUA